AAGUCACGUGGCGGGGGGCGGAACUGGGACGGGAAGGUCCUCUGCUUGACUAGCGCCCCCAUCCUCCAUGUUUUCUGACAGUCUGUAGCCUGGUUGGUUGUUUUGUUUUGUUUUUUUAAUCGAAAACCAUAUGGAAAUGUUCGGAGAGCUCCAGGGAACCUAGGUGCCCUGGCUUCGGCAGAGCCUGGGCUAACGCGCGAGCGCGGCGGGACUGUCCUAGCAGGUGUUCCCGGAGAGAGAGGCGAUGGCGUCUAGUAGUAACUGGCUUUCUGGAGUGAAUGUCGUGCUGGUGAUGGCGUACGGGAGCUUGGUAUUCGUACUGCUGUUUAUUUUUGUGAAGAGACAAAUCAUGCGCUUUGCAAUGAAAUCUAGAAGGGGACCUCAUGUUCCUGUAGGACACAAUGCCCCCAAGGACUUAAAAGAGGAGAUCGAUAUUCGACUAUCCAGGGUUCAGGAUAUCAAGUAUGAACCCCAGCUCCUUGCAGAUGAUGAUACCAGACUACUGCAGCUGGAAACCCAGGGGAAUCAAAGUUGCUACAACUAUCUAUACAGAAUGAAAGCUCUAGAUGCCAUCCGUGCCUCUGAGAUCCCAUUUCAUGCUGAAGGCCGGCACCCCUGUUCUUUAAUGGGUAAGAAUUUCCGCUCCUACUUGCUAGAUCUGCGAAAUACUAGCACUCCUUUCAAGGGUGUUGGAAAAGCCCUCAUCGAUACCCUCCUGGAUGGAUAUGAGACAGCACGCUAUGGGACAGGGGUCUUUGGCCAGAGUGAGUACUUGCGAUAUCAAGAGGCCUUGAGUGAGCUGGCCACUGUGUGAGUAUGGUAGGGACCUGAAAGAAGGCUAGUUAGACAUUUAUGUACAGUAAGGAGAAAAAUCACAAGGUCUAGGCCAGACCAGGCUGUAUCUAAGUAAAUAAGUAAACAAAAGUACAGAAGAAUACAGAAGUGCUAGACUGUUCUCAUAAAACUUGCCAGGAUUAAAUACAAAAGUGGAUAUUUUGCUCUAUAAGCUAUCAAGAGAAACUUCUACUUUGUGUGCAAAUCUUGGGUUUUAUUCUUGUUUUGGAUUUUAUUUUUUUGUCUACCCCACUAAAAUGUCAAAUAAAU